AUGGAUGAGGUCGAUGAGAUUCUGAACCAAAAUAGGGUGCCUGAAGAGGACGAGGAAGAGGAAGAGGAAGAUGACACCAUGUUGCACGGUAAUAUAGGUAAAGUAAACGAUAUGGAUCAGGAUCAGGAUCAGGGUGACGAGGAAGAUGAAAACGACCAAGACGACGACGAUGGCAAUGAAGACGACGACGACGACGAUGAAGAUGACGACGAAGAUGAUGACGACGACGACGAUGACGGUGAUGAUGACGACGACGACGACGACGACGACGAUGACGAUGACGAUGACGACGGCGACGACGACGAUGAUGACGAUGACGAUGACGAUGAAAAUGAAGAUGACCGUAACGAUGACGAUGUUAAUAAUGCCAAUGGUGGCGAGAGUAAUGCAGCAGAUCAUCCUAAUCGUACAUUUUCAACUACUAUGGACUCGGAAGAUGAGCACAGACAUAUCAAUGGAGCAAAGCAGAAUGAAAAUGGCAACGGAAACGCCAACGGCAACACCAAUGCGAACGGGGAGAAACAUGUAGACAGUGCAGAUGGUAUGAACUUCAGCCAUCCCCAAGACGAUGCAAAGAAUAAUUCUAAUUUUGAUGCAAGCUCCGUUCAGCAGGCGGAAAACGAAGUCACAGAAGAGGACAAAGAUGUGGAUAUGGACAAACCAAGUGGUAUAGAUAAAGUUCACAAUUAUUAUACACAGAUGUUACUGUCGGCAAAAGUUGCAGACACCUACAAUAUAUAUCCCUCAGCCGCAAUCCCAAUUCAAACUAAUGUUAAUGCUUUGACAAUGUCCAAGGGGUUGGAGUAUUUGUUUCUCGGUGGAGAUGAUGGAUUCAUUAGAAAGUACGAUUUCCUUAACACUGUUGAAGGUAAACUCUCUCUUACUAUUUUACAAAGACAUUCGCUAGCAGAAUCCAUUCAAAACGCCGGUAUACUUGUGUCUUAUUGGGAAAAUGAAGUCCCACAAAAGAGAUCGCAGUUGAAAAUGCUCAAGAAUAAUAAAGAAUAUGAACCAAAAGUGAGCCCCGUAUACUCUCUAGAGGUUCAAAGUGAGUGCCUUUUUAUUCUGAGUGGUCUCGAUGAUGGUGGCAUCACUCUUCAAGGUGUUAGAUACAUGGAGGGUUCCAUAAGUCAUUAUUUUAAAGGCAGAGACGGUCACUCAAAUAUUGUCAACUUGCUGAAGAUGAACGAUGAUGAGACUAGAUUUUUGAGUGGUUCUUGGGAUAAAAAAAUUCUAGAGUGGGACCUGGAAUCCGGAAGUUUAGUAAACGAGUUCAAAGGCUCGACCUCAGAACUUUCAUCAUUGGAAAUGAGACCUUUGUUCUCAACGGUAGAUAUCAAAGAUGUAUCCAUCAAUUUGAAGACCGACAUCGAAAAAAACGAAAAAGACGAUGAUAUGGAUUCUUUGUUCGGUGAUGAAGAUGAGGAUAAAGCUGAUUUAAGUUCACAUACUGAUACUGAGAGGGAAAACGAAGACACAAAAAAUAGAAAUAUCUCGGAGGAAAUUUCGAAAACAACGCUGAAUGUUGUAUACGAUGAAUCGGUUUUCAUGUCAUCUGGAUUAAACGGUACUGUACAUAUAUGGGAUCGUAGAGUGCCAUCUUCGCCAGUUUUGAAUCUGGAGAAAGGGCCAAAGACCCCUCCAUGGUGUCAAUCUGCCUGCUGGUAUAUGGAUGGUGAUCGUGUUUUCGCCGGAAGAAGAAAUGCCACCGUUGAAGAAUUUGAAUUGCGGAUGCCCUCAGCACCAAGUAAUGUGUUGAAACUGCCGGCUAUAUCAGGACCAGUGACGUGCGUACGAGCAAUGCCUAAUAACAAACAGGUGUUGUGUGCUUCGCGGGAUAAUAUACGACUUUUUAAUACUGCGAAUGAUAUGAAUUCUAAGGGCACCGCUGUGCCGUUCCUGAUUGUUCCGGGGCAUCACGGUGGUGUAAUAUCCAACAUGUAUGUGGAUCCAACGUGUAGAUUCUUAAUAAGCACCAGUGGUAAUCGCGGCUGGCAAGGUAAUUCAACUGAUACAACUUUCAUAUAUGAGAUAGACUUAAACUAG